CACACACACACACACACACACACACACACACACACACACACACACACACACGGAGACAGGACAGACGGAGCUCAGCGGCCACGCGACCCUCUCAUCUAAAGUCCGUGAGCGCACUGAGGAUGGAGAUGUCAGCGGCUGACGGUGGCCUGGGGAGGUCUGCCCACCGCCAGCGCUCUGGCACGGUGAAGAGGAAGAGGUGGGGGGGUUUGAGGCAGCAGUGGAAGCUUCUGGGCCUGUUUGAGAUCGAUGAGCAGCACGAGUUCUACAGCCUGACCUGCAUGAUGAAGGAGGGUCUGGCAGCAGCCUCCCAAAGAACCAUUGAUAAUGCACCAAGAAAUGAACUGUCUGAUGAGGAUUACAGAUUAGAGGUCACUCAGAUUCAUAAGGACUUCACCAUGGAGACCUUUGCGGGCCCGGUGUUCUCCCUCUUGCGGGGGGCUCUGGGGGUCUCGGAGCAGGAGUACCAGCAGUCUCUGAGCUCCAGCAGCUGCUACCUGCAGUUCAUCAGCAACUCCAAGAGCAAGGCCGACUUCUUCCUCACGAAUGAUAAACGCUUCUUUUUGAAGACGCAGAACAAAAGGGAAAUCAAAUUCCUUCUGAGCAACCUGAAGAUCUACAUGGAACAUCUGAAGAGAUUCCCCCACUCACUGCUGGUCAAGUUCCUAGGUGUUCAUCGGAUCAAAAUCCCACACAGGCGGAAGAAAUACUUCAUUGUAAUGCAAAGUGUGUUUUAUCCUGAUGAUCGACUCAAUGCCAGGUACGACAUUAAGGGCUGCGAGGUGAGCCGUUGGACGGAGCCUGCGCCGGAGGGGAGCCACAUCAUCGUGGUUCUCAAAGACCUCAACUUUGAAGGGCAGUACAUCUCUCUGGAGCGGCAGCGGGCCUGGCUCCUGCAGCAGGUGGAGAUCGACACACACUUCCUGCGGAGGCUCAAUGUGCUGGACUACAGUCUCCUGCUGGCCCAUCAGCCCUUGCACCAUGACGAGCGCCACCAGAGUCUCUCCUUCGCCUCCCUCAUCAUGAGAGCCAAGAAAUCUGUGAAUCCAGGCUCCAGUCCCAUCUACCCAGGCAUAUCUGCGGUUCCCGGGGAAGUCCAAGAAGACGGCUCCACCUUACUCUUGUCUGAAACUGCCGACAACUAUUAUAGGCAGUCUCAAGUGGGAGUUGCAUCAAGUGGGGGAUCUCUCCAAACCUGCCCAGAGCAUGCAGGGCCAGGAAGUGACACAGCUGAGCUCCCAGAAUUCAAAGCCCAAAACCGACGUUUACUACCCAAUCUAAAGAAUCCCCUUUAUGUCAUCGAUGGGCCUGAGCAGCGCUACUUCAUCGGAAUCAUUGACAUUUUCACAGUUUACAGCUUCAGGAAGAGGCUUGAGCAUUGGUGGAAGAGGCUGAGACACCCAGGCCGGUCCUUCUCCACCGUCAGUCCACAGGCGUACUGUGUCAGGCUCUGUCACUGGGUACAGGAUCAUACCAAGUAGACCUGGAUCCACCCAGGUCCUUGAGCAUCAUCUGCAUCUGCUCCAUGGUUCCAAUCCUUUCCCCUUCUCACCUGCUCAAAACACAUCUUCGCAUUAUAUUUUGUGUCUUAUGUAGACAUUUUUAACGUGGCACAAGUAUAAUUUCAUAGACAGCAUAUUAUUUUUGUUAGCAGUUAUUCCAAAUACAGUUCAGGACAAGGGCUUCCAAACAUGCCUAGUGUGAUGCUUGUUCUAAUAUAAAAAGGACUUCUGAUGGGCAUGAAGACAAACGUGACAUCUGCUUCAAAGGCUCUUCAUGCACAUGUCUGCAUGUAUUUCCACACCCUAUUUCAUCAUCGUUAAAGGGUUUAUCCAAUAUUGUACUUUAUUUUUCGCAAGCAAAAAUGAUCCUAAUAGUAUUGGCUGUAUGCUUAAUCUCUUAACAUGAAGAUGUUAAGGAAAAAAAGAUGUAAAACAUGUCACCAUCCAGCACCACAGAAUGAAGUACAUUUUCCAGACGUGUACAAUGGAAAGAUAUAAUCACAAAGUUGUCUGUAUGUGCUUUAAUGCCAGGAAUCUCUCUAGCUAUUUUUAUCUUAUUAUAAACUGUUGAUCAUACAGUAUAAUUGGAUAAAAUACAUGUAUUCCCACAGUAUCCUGACUAGUGCUGCGUACCUGGUCCGGACUUAUAAGUCCGGACCUGAACACAUGGCUUGUGUCAAGUUGUGUGAGUAACUAAAGUGAACUUAUU